AAAAAAAAAGAAGAAGAAGACGUGACGUCAAUUUUUAUCUCACUUUCUAGUCUAGUAAAUAAAAACGUUAUUUGGAAUUUGCGUGAAACUUUGUGUCUACGUAUAGAACGGGUCAAAUUUAUUCUUCUUUUUCAGACAGAAAUCAAAGAUGAGUAAGCUGUGCAGACAGGUGUCAAUCGAGUCCCCGGGGCCGACUCUGAAAGAAGGCUGCGUAUUCAGCUUCGACGUACCAGUGCCGGAGGUGCCCCCUUGCGGCGCGCGUAUCCGUGUGGUAUACGCAGGCGCGUGUUACCGCGCGCACCGCACCCGCUCCGCCUCCAUCUGCAGCCAAUCGUCCGUCUCAUCCGUCGGCAGCCUAUCCGGCGAGAUGGAGAGCUUCGCCAUCCAUUCCGCCACGCCUUCACAUAUAGGUCUUCGUGACGGUGCCUUAUUCCCAGGCUACGAAGUUGCCGGCGUGGUCGACGCGAUUGGAAAAGCCGCCGAAUGUCCCCCCAGCAUCAAGGAAGGGACCAGGAUCGUUUUGUAUCCAUACGAAGGUGUGCCACACGGCUACGCGGAUUACAUUGUUGUCCCUGACUUCAAGUGCUUGGUGCCGGUGCCGGAGUCGCUUCCGUUGAGCGUGGCGGCUAUGUUGCCGACAGGGGCGCUGCUAGCGAUGAACACUGUGUUCACGGCGCGGGAGUGCUUGAACGCCGUGCUCGAAGGGCCGCAGAGCAAGGAAAAGGCGACGGUGCUGAUAGUGGGCACGGGCGGGCUGGCGCUAUGGGCUCUACGGAUUGCCACUCAUUAUUAUGAACGUGGACCCCACCACAAUAAGAUAUCCAUUACCGUCGCCACGCUCAAGGAUGAGGGGUUCAUCCUUGCCUCGCAGACUGACCAGAUUAAGGUGGUGCAGUGGAGCGAGGAUCUGUACGAGAAGCAGUUGAUCGAGCGCACGACUGACGCGUGCGGCGGACCCGUGCACGUGGUCAUCAACUUCGGCACCACCUCGCGCUCGCUGCAUCGCUCACUGCAGUGUCUCGCGCAGGGUGGCGUGGUGCUGGUGACAGAGGACGUGGGAGAGAAGCUGCUGCCCAAGUUUGCUAAGAAGGCUGAGGAGAUGGGCGUGCACAUUAUGGUGGUGCCCAACGGGUCCAUCGACCAACUGCGGGACCUCGUCACCUUGGUCGCCAACGGAGAGAUUAAACCGCCUCCACACUCGGUGUUUCCUGCUGAAGAGGCGCAGGAGGUAGUGCGAAAACUGUGCAAUUCCGAGAUACAAGGGCGCGCUAUCUUGAAGUUCCACAACAUUGACUAAAUACACUCAAUAUGUGGUACCGGCGAGAAGGUACGAUUAUAACCACAUCACUGAGGUAUGAUUAUAUCUAAUAAAAAAUGGGAUCUAACAUUGGCACGCCUGUUUGUGUGUACGCUUGAAAAAUAAAGAUACGCCAUCCGAAAUGCACACGAUACAGACAUUGUAUCAGUAUUUAUUAAUGUACUAAAACACAUUAUGAAAUCGGGUUACUUUUGUCAGUUUCGUGGCGAGCACAAUUCAUUUCCGUCUUUUCAUACAUUUGAUUAUAAAAGUUUUAUAUAGGCCAUGUAUCUUAAUUAAAAUUAAUUGUUUAAUUAAUUAUAUUUAAAUUCAAAAUUUAAAGGGUGGCUUGUUAUAAUUGUUGUAGCAACGUUUUAAAUGCUUAAACGUCAAAAAGAUUAAAACACAGCCCUUAUUACAAUUGGGAGACUAUUAUGGUGUAAAAAUUAAUAUGUAUGUAUUGCAUAUGGAUCUGCCAUUAUAUCGUGUUCAUAUGUUUGUGUUUGCUAGGCGUGCGACCGGACCAUAUAAACUUUGGAUAGAAAUAAUGAUGUUAUUCUAUUUAGUUUCUGAUGGCGACAUGUGAGUUACACGACAGUGUUUUGUGCUUGAUGUUUAUGAUUUUGUUAUAACAAAAUAAUUGGAACCGUAACAUAUUUUAAAAGGGUGCCAGAGUCGAUAAAGGAUGUAUUUAAACAAAAUGAACACUAUUUUGUCGAUGAAAAAUGGGUACGCAAUUGCUUAGAGGGUUUUAAAAAAAAUGUAUUUAUAUUUUUAAUUUUUUCUCAAUAAUUAAAUUGAUCAAGUUUACCUAAUAAUAAUAUUAAAUUAUUAUGUAAUAAGGGUGUUGAUAAGAGUAGGUUUGAUACAGGUUCGUACUGAAAGUUAAUUGCAAUGCAUCACAAAAUAUAAUCAUAAUAUUAUUAUAAUAAAUUAAUGACAUAAGUUU